UGGCAAACUUGCAUUUCGCCCAUGGUGCUGCCGCUGCCACCCGACUUCUUCGAGUGCCCGCCGCUGGCGCCGCACGAGACAUCGGCGCUGCUCACGCUGGCCCAGACCAUCUGUCAGGAGACGGUGCAGAACGCGCUGGUCCUGGACGCGCAGCCGAUCUGGGCCACGAUCGCCAACCCGACGACGCGCCGCCGGGCCCGGCUGCGGCGCGGCCAUGACAGCGUCGAUGCAGCGCGCGAUGCAAUGAGCUGCUACACCCAGGUGCGCGCAACGCUCGAAGACGUUGCCAACGUCUUUCACUGCCGCUCGACGCUGGAGCUACGGACGUUUGGCCGCGUUCUGGGCAAGAGCAUCCUCGACAAAGUCAAUUUGUACACGCUCGUGGACCGGCCGGUAACGCGCGGCAAGGUACCGCACCCGCUGCACUACGUUGGCGUCGAGUGGGCCGCCCUUGACGCGCCCCUCGGAUUUGCGACCCGCGACCUUUGCUACCUCGAGGCCCACGAUGAAUUUGAAUUCGUCGACACGCGGAACCGCAAGCGCCGGGGCUGGGUCCGCGCGAUCCACUCGAUCGAGAACGACGCUUGUCCUUCGCUGCACAAGGCCCACGGACUUGUACGCGCCUCCAUCUAUCGCUCGGGCCAUGUCUUUAUCGAAUCGGAGAGCAAUCCGGAGAUGCUCGACUACUACAACGUUCUCGUCGCCGACCCGCGCGGUCAGUUUGUCCCGCGUGCUGUGACCCAGCGCUGCAUGAAGGCCCACGUCAGCCAGGCGUUGAAUCUGGAAGAGCACUUGUUCCUGCUACGCCUCCAAGCUGAAACGACCGACACGAGCAUGUCCUGGAACACGGCCGUGACAUCCUCGAUCAAGUCGACUGCGUUUUGCGCCUGCUGCGACGCCAAAUUCGGCCUCUUUCUCGGGCGCAAGACGUGCGACCAGUGCAGCCGGAUCGUCUGCAAGGCGUGCUCAGGGCGCUGGACCAAGGCGACCGGCGCCAAGCCCGUGACGGUCUCCAUCUGCAAGCGCUGCUCCAAACGCCUUGGCGACCCGGAACCCGUGCCAUUGGGCACCGUGACCCAAGCGCUGCAAGCCGCGACGCAGUACAACCUACGGUCGACGCGCGUGCCGGCGCCCCGCAGGCCGCCAAUCGCACGCAAGCAAAUGCCAGAGCCGUCGGACGAUGGCGGGCACGACUCGGAUGUCAUUAUGCUCUGGGACGACGGCCAAGCAUCCAAGCGCGGGGGCACCUUUACGUUCUUGUCGUCGUCCACGUCGCUCCACCAUACGCUGCGGUCGAACGCGUCGGGCUACCAGAGCACGUUUUGCUCGUACCAGUACUCGGACGACGGCGUCCCGCGCGUGGUGCGGACGGUCGUGGCGCCGCCAAGCGCCGCGGGCGUAGAGAUGACUCCACCUUGUGUGUCGCCGGCCAACUCGGACUACGACGAUGUGUUUGAUGCUGUCUUGGAGUUUGUCACGGCGCAUGAGCGCGAGCAAGCGAGGACACGUAGCGGCCUCGCGAGUUUGCCGUUUGUGGCCGUCGCGGGCUGGGCCGGCCUCGUCCAGCUCGAGCGCUCCAAGGCCAACCACCCGCCGCGCGGCUACGCGUUCAUCACGGGCUCGAUGGACGACAUGGUCAUGGACACGCUGCAGACCGGCGACCUCGUCUUCUUCCAGCGCAACUGCGCGUACCUGCCGCCAAAGGACGGUCUGAGCUGCUUCUUGUCCUCGCGGGUCGAGGCCUGGCAGGCGCGCUACAACCACGUCGGUUUUAUCCUUGUCGACCGGCUCGGCGAAAAGUUCAUCGUCGAAGAGACGUACGCCGGCGUCAAGUGCCGGCCGUACAGCGCCCGCAUCCUCACGUCGCUCUCAACCGAGAUUGUCGUAGUGCCCCUCAAAGUCAAACGGACGAUCGCCAUGCAACAAGCCGCCAACCAGUUUGUGCAAGAAAACGUCAAUCGACCCUCUCGCUUUACGCUGCAGCACGUACUCGAGCACCUCUCGACGUCGACCACGUCGGGCAGCACGCCCGUCCAUCCGUCGGCCGGACUCGUCGCCGAAGUGUAUGCGCGCAUGGGCCUUCUGCCAGCGCAGGUGACGCCAGGCUACCUCCACCCGUCGUCGGCCACGAUCAAGGACUGGAGUGCGUACCGCCGCGUACAGCUCCUCCACGACGCCGAGCUGAGCCAAAUGCUGCCAAUCCGCCUCUUGUAAUCGCAUUUGAUCAUGGACGAUAUAACACGAG